AUGUUUUUCAUUCGUAAGCGGUACUUUGGCUUUUCCCAUGGGUUGGGCGUAUCGGGCGCGAUCCAGAGGCGGCUGUUAAAGGAGGCCCCCAACUGCGCCUUCCAGAGGAGACCCUUCAGCACAAAAAACUUCUACGAAAUAUUGAACGUCCAACGAAACAGUAGUAAGAAUGAAAUAAAGCAGGCGUAUCGAAAGUUGGCCCUGAAGUAUCACCCAGACAGGAACCCAAACAAUCGAAAAGAAUCAGAGAAAAUGUUCAGAGAAAUAACAGAAGCAUAUGAGACGUUAAGUGAUGAGAAUAAAAAGCAGAUGUAUGACAGUCAACUGAAUAGUGGCUUCUCUUCUGGCCACUUUGGAAACAACUACGCUAACACGAACAGCAAUGGUGGAACAAAUUACACCUACCAGACGAGGAGAAUGAGCGAUGAGGAAAUUGAAAAGGUUUUCAAGAACGUCUUUGGCACGAUGAACCUAAAUGAUCUUUUUAAGUCCAACGUUUUUGGGGAGGGCAACUUCCCCCCUAGAGGAAUGGGGAAUGAUUUUUUCACAAAUUUCGGAGCACCUGGAUCCUAUCGGAGCAGCAGUGACAAUAUUAAACAGACGAACAUAAAAACGGAGAUCAUCCCGAGAGGAAACAAAAUAAUCGAAAAGACGACCAAAAUAAUUACCUACCAUAAUGGGGUGGUCAAGCAGGAAAUCACCGAGAGGGAAAUUAGCGGCAACAGCAAAGAGUACGAUGACAUGUCCGACUUUGGCCUUUUCUACAAAAGUAAUAUUAACGUGGAUCCCCGUUCCCGUCGAAGUGAAUUCAUAGAUUAUGCAAAAAGCGACAAAGGAAAAAAACUGGUGAAACAAGUUGCACGAUAUGGAUAUGGGAUUAUUUCCAUUGCCGUGAGAAGGAUCCUUGUAAAUAUUGUUAUACAGGUUAUUAGAAGGAUCGUUCAGGGCGUCAUCCACAUGCUGCGGCGUAGGUGA